AUUAUUAUAGACCAAAGCUCUUAUGGUCUUUGUUGGACCCCACAUAACCACUGUCAAUCAAAUUUUAAUAAUCUUUUUUAUAAAAUAAGAAAAAAGUUUAAGCCUUUAAGGUAUAGAAUUUAGAAAGAAAAAAACCAUUUCAAUCUCUUCCAACCUAAUUUCCCAUGGAAGAUUUUCAGAGAUCAAGGUCUUAUGCAAAUGGCCAAAUGAUGCAGACAGAAAACUACUAUGGACCACCUAAACCUUAUGAUCUCAGAAGCUAUAGUUCUUCCUAUGCACAAACUCAAAUGGGUCCUAAUGAUUUGAAGUUGAAGAAAGGUAAAAGCUUUUCAUCUGGGUCUUCUUUCUCCAAAACUUUGAGCUUUGCUGAUCCUGAACUUCAGAGGAAGAAAAGGGUUGCUAGCUAUAAAAUGUAUUCUGUUGAAGGUAGAGUCAAAGGGUCUUUUAGAAAGAGCUUUAGAUGGCUUAAGAAUAAGUAUUCACAAGUGGUUCAUGGUUGGUAGUUAUUUAAUUGUUGUUAACUUUGGUUAAUGUUUUUACCUUUUAUCAAUUAAGUAAUCUCAGUUGUGUUAUUCUUCUGAAGAAUUGUAGAUAAAUUAUUGAUGGUUUCAUAUAGGCUUUUCUUUAUACAUGUCAUAAAGUUACUUUAAUUAUUGGGAAUCAAAUUAUGUUGUUUUUGUUGUUUGGGAUUUUUAUUUUGUCAUGAAAGGGAUGGAUCAAAUUAAUCAUGUGUGUACUGAUCUUUGUAUUUCUUAGAUUUCUGUAAUCUGUACCUUUUGAAUAAUCUAUUUUUAAUAACAUUAUUAUCAUCAAUAUGAAUUAUGAUCA